UCAGUGAGCCUCCGCCCCUCAGCAGGAGUCUGGCUUUAGGACCUAAAAAAGUUCAGUAGAACUUUGCUGCUUGUAGAGAUCGAAGCUCCUGGUCUGCAACCUGGAUGGGAAGAAGCUAGAUCUGACUGGGGGAGCCCUGGUGUGCCAAGUGCUGUGCCCAUCUUUCUGCCCCACGAUGUAGGGACUCUUUCUGCCUUUCUGGACUCUAGUGGAUUCUUCAUUUACUUGCUCUUGCCAGAUUCAGCUGCCUGUACUGCCCUUAGCCCCAGCUGCCCUGCCUGGAUUGAGAAUCAUAGUCGUUUUUAAAGGGGAGGUGGGCGGUCUGGAGGGAAAGAGGGCCCAAGCCCCGGACUGGGGGCUCAUAAGGCAGCUCCAGGCUCAGCUGUAACUGCAGCUGGGGGAGCAUGGUGGGCGUAGUACUGGCGGUCCGAGGACCAGCAAGGCAGCUGUGGCCAUCAUCACCGCUUCUGUUGCUGCUGCUACUCUUGUUGCUGCUGCUGCUGCUGCUCUGCAAAGGGGCCUCAGCGCAGUACUCCAGCAAUAUGUGCAACUGGAAAGGGAGUGGGCUGACUCAUGAGGCACACAAGAAAGAUGUUGAACAGGUCUACCUCCGAUGUUCUGAAGGAUUUGUUGAGUGGAUGUAUCCUACUGGAGCAUUAAUAAUUAAUCUUCAACCAAACACAGUAUCAUCCUCCAAUAAACACUUAACAAUUUGCAUCAAACCAUUCAAGGACUCCACGGGAGCAAAUAUUUAUUUGGAAAAAAAUGGGGAACUGAAACUAUUGGUUGGAGAUGGAGACCACAGACCUAGAAAGGUCUACUGUUUUGGAUUUGACCAAGGGGCUUUGUUUAUUGAAGCCACCCUGCAACAGGACAUUAGCAGGAAGAUUACAGGCUUUCAGUAUGAACUGACAAACAAAGGGGAAGUCUCAGAUUUGUACACAGUUUCUGUUCCAUGUCGUCCUUGCAGUGACACAGAAGUCCUCUUGGCUGUCUGCACUAGUGACUUUGUGGUAAGAGGAUCCAUCCAGAAUGUAACAAAUGAGCCAGAACAACAAGAAUCUAUCAUUGACAUCCAUGUCAGCAAACUGUACAGGCAGAAGAAUAAAGUCUUUCAGCUUGUGGAAAGCAGUGAGAGCUGGCAAGGACAGAUCAAGACACUAUUAGAAUGUGGAGUGAAACCAGGAAAUGGGGAUUUCCUCUUCACAGGCCGAAUGCACUUUGGGGAGGCCAGAUUAAGCUGUGCCCCUCGUUUCAAAGACUUCCUAAGAAUGUAUAAAGAUGCUGAGAACAAGGGCCUGAAUCCAUGUGAAAUAGGCACAGCCUGAAGAUGAGUGAUUAGAUUAGAAAUCUUCCUUUCCCUCCCAAUAAAACCUCUCUCCACCUGCACUUUUGCCUGACAAAUUCACUAUCAUAGUGAAUACUAUUAAUUUAUUGGCAAGCAGCUUCCAGAGGAACUAACACUUGGAAGGCAGGUCCUAUGGGGUCUCUUUAUAAUACCAGGAACUGUUAUACUAAUAAAGGUACAAGCCAGAUCGGAUACCAUGUACCCCAGAUUUUUUUCUUAACCAAUUGGAAGUCUUGAAAAAUGCAAACUAAGUUAUUAUAUUUUAAGGCAUUUUUCACUGGAAACAAACUCCCAUAUUUUAAAUAGACUACUUUUGUAUCUUUUAAUAUAAUUAAAAAACCCCAAAGGAUGUAGUAUUUGAUCUGAUAUAAAACUUUAACAACAAUGUACAAUUUGAAGUAAUUUCUUAUGACAGAAAUUUAUGGAGUCAAACACUUUGAUUUGUUUUUUUCAUGCUUCCUUUUUUAUUUUAAUUUUUAACUAUAAUUGCCAAUCAUGGUCA